AUGUCAGGUGAAUUGCCAUUAAAUAUUAACAUUAAGGAGCCUCGCUGGGACCAGAGUACAUUUGUUGGAAGAGCCAACCAUUUCUUCACAGUAACUGACCCCAGAAACAUCCUUCUGUCUAAUGACCAACUGGAGCAUGCUAGGCAAAUUGUUCAAGACUACAGGCAUGGGAUUGUGCAGCCAGGACUCACUGAAGAUGAAUUGUGGAGAGCCAAGUACGUAUAUGAUUCUGCCUUUCACCCUGACACUGGUGAAAAGAUGAUUCUGAUUGGAAGGAUGUCAGCUCAGGUACCAAUGAACAUGACCAUCACUGGCUGCAUGAUGACCUUUUAUAGAACCGCGCCAGCCGUGAUCUUUUGGCAGUGGAUUAACCAGUCUUUUAAUGCCAUCGUUAACUAUACAAAUAGGAGUGGAGAUGCUCCCAUCACCGGAAGCCAACUGGGAACAGCUUAUGUUUCUGCCACCACAGGUGCUGUUGCCACAGCUCUAGGACUUAACGCACUAACCAAGCAUGUUUCACCACUUAUAGGAAGAUUUGUUCCUUUUGCUGCUGUUGCUGCUGCUAACUGUAUCAACAUCCCAUUAAUGAGGCAAAGGGAAUUGAAGUAUGGUAUACCAGUCACAGAUGAGAAUGGAAAUAGACUAGGAGAAUCUGCUAAUGCUGCUAAACAAGCCAUCACUCAGGUGGUCGUUUCCAGAAUCCUGAUGGCUGCUCCUGGCAUGGCCAUUCCUCCAUUUAUAAUGAACACUUUGGAAAAGAAAGCAUUCCUUAAGCGAUUUCCAUGGAUGAGUGCCCCUAUACAAGUAGGAUUAGUGGGAUUCUGGUAA